AUGUUUCUGAGAAGCCAAUUAUCGUGGAACGUGUCGGUCCACCCCUCGAACCUGGACCAAGAUGGCACGGGCAUCGAGAAGGCGAUUGUGAUGCAACUCCUGAAUGACUUUGCGACAAAAAAGGCUGCCCCGGACAUGGGCUACUUUAUGGCGGUGACGACCCUUGACCGGGUGGGCCCAGGGAUGUUGGGCCAACGACCCACCAGCGUCGUCUUCCCCGUGGAGUUCACGUGCGUGACCUUCAAGAUGCUGGUGGGGGAAGUCCUCGAAGGGGUUGUCCACAGGGUGAUGAAGCACGGGGUUUUCCUGCGCUGCGGACCCGCGGAUAAGGUGUACCUCUCCCAGCGCAAGAUGCCGAGCUUCGAGUUUGUGGCUGGAGAGAACCCAUACUUUGAGGAGGAGGGGACUUCCAAGAGAGUCGAAAAGGGGACAAACAUCCGCUUCUCAGUGAUUGACCAGAGGUAUGACGAGGCUGACAAGGAUUUCAAGGCCAUUGUCAGUGCUGACAUAGAAGGCCUUGGGCCCAUUUAUUAG